GAAGGAAGACGCGCGCUGGGACGGCGGAGGGCUCUCGGCCGGAACCCCCGGCCGCGCGGCCAUGAACCUGGAGCGGCUGCGGAAGCGCGUUCGGCAGUACCUGGACCAGGGUAAAGGCCCUGAAGGGCGGGAUCCAGUCCCCCAGCCCUCUCUGCAGCCGGGAGGAGCACUGAAAAUGAAAGCCACUUAAGACAGUGUCAGCCUUAAACGUGCUCAAUGUCCAGCUCUGCAGUCAGCCUAACUCCUAGGCACCCACAACAAUAUCAGAGUGCUCUAUUUUGGGCAGAUAAAGUAGCUUCGCUUUCUCAUGAGGAACCCCAGGACAUUUAUUGGUUGGCUCAGUGUCUUUACCUGACAGCACAAUAUCAUAGAGCAGCUCAUGCACUUCGGUCACGAAAACUGGACAAAUUGUAUGAAUCAUGUCGCUACCUUGCAGCUAGAUGCCAUUAUGCAGCAAAAGAGCAUCAGCAGGCUCUUGAUAUUCUUGAUAUGGAGGAGCCUAUCAACAAAAGAUUGUUUGAGAAAUACUUGAAGGAUGAAAGUGGCUUGAAAGACCCCUCCAAUGACUGGGAAAUGUCACAGUCCUCAAUAAAGAGUUCUAUUUGUCUUUUACGUGGGAAAAUCUAUGACGCUCUAGAUAACCGAACCCUAGCUACCUACAGCUAUAAAGAAGCUUUGAAGCUCGAUAUCUACUGUUUUGAAGCAUUUGAUCUUUUGACAUCACAUCACAUGUUGACAGCCCAAGAAGAAAAAGAACUUCUUGAAUCACUACCUCUUAGCAAGCUCUGUACUGAAGAACAGGAAUUGCUACGUUUUCUAUUUGAGAACAAAUUAAAAAAGUAUAAUAAACCUAGUGAAACUGUCUUACCGGAGUCUGUAGAUGGUUUGCAAGAAAAUCUGGAUGUGGUAGUGUCUUUAGCUGAAAGACAUUAUUAUAACUGUGAUUUUAAAAUGUGCUACAAGCUUACAUCUGUAGUAAUGGAAAAAGAUCCUUUUCAUGCAAAUUGUUUACCUGUACAUAUAGGGACACUUGUGGAGCUGAAUAAAGCAAAUGAACUUUUCUAUCUUUCUCAUAAAUUGGUGGAUUUAUAUCCUAGUAAUCCUGUAUCUUGGUUUGCAGUGGGAUGCUAUUAUCUCAUGGUUGGUCAUAAGAAUGAACAUGCCAGAAGAUAUCUCAGUAAAGCUACAACGCUUGAGAAGACCUACGGGCCUGCAUGGAUAGCAUAUGGGCAUUCGUUUGCAGUUGAGAGUGAACAUGACCAAGCAAUGGCUGCCUACUUCACAGCAGCACAGCUGAUGAAAGGGUGUCAUUUACCAAUGCUGUAUAUUGGAUUAGAAUAUGGAUUGACCAAUAACUCAAAAUUGGCUGAAAGAUUCUUUGGCCAAGCUCUAAGCAUUGCACCAGAAGAUCCUUUUGUAAUGCAUGAGGUUGGCGUGGUUGCAUUUCAGAAUGGAGAAUGGAAAACAGCAGAAAAAUGGUUUCUUGAUGCUUUGGAAAAAAUUAAAGCAAUUGGGAAUGAGGUAACUGUUGACAAAUGGGAACCUCUGUUGAACAACUUGGGGCAUGUCUGCAGAAAACUUAAAAAGUAUGCUGAGGCAUUGGAUUAUCACCGUCAGGCAUUGGUGUUAAUUCCUCAAAAUGCAUCCACCUAUUCUGCCAUAGGGUAUAUCCAUAGUCUGAUGGGCAACUUUGAAAAUGCUGUGGACUAUUUCCACACAGCCCUUGGUCUUAGGCGAGAUGAUACAUUCUCUGUUACAAUGCUUGGUCAUUGCAUUGAAAUGUACAUUGGUGAUUCUGAAGCUUAUAUUGGAGCAGACAUAAAAGACAAAUUAAAAUGUUAUGACUUUGAUGUGCAUACAAUGAAGACACUAAAAAACAUUAUUUCACCUCCGUGGGAUUUCAGGGAAUUUGAAGUAGAAAAACAGACUACAGAAGAAACGGGGCUUGCACCACUGGAAACCUCAAGGAAAACUCCAGAUUCCAGACCUUCCUUGGAAGAAACCUUUGAAAUUGAAAUGAAUGAAAGUGACAUGAUGUUAGAGACAUCUAUGUCAGACCACAGUACGUGAUUCCAGACGGGUCCUGAUUUCGUUUUGUCCUAGAGUAGAGUGUAUCGGUGUUCUUUCUUCACGUCCUUGUCAUGUCUUAAGAAUUUCCCAUUUCUUAAAAUGAAUCCAGACUACACCUCUAUAUUUAGGAACGGAGACCUGCCUUAAGAGACUGGGUAGCACACCCUUGCAACAGAUGUUUUCUGAUCCUGCAAAAAAAUUAUGCAUAGUGGAAUAAAGAAGGUAAACCAUU